AUGGAGGCUCCUGUCCAUCCUGUUCUCGCAGUGCAGUCGGAGGAGCUCAGUGCGUCGUCCAUUGCAACAAUUGUUGAGAACGAUGUCUUACGCGCUUUCGACCAAGCUAUAACGCCGGCAAGGGACAACGUGACCGAGAAGGCACACUCGCUCAUUGUACCACUAUCGAACACCCUCGGCAGACUGAGUUCAGUGUAA